CUCCCUAUUAUUCCUCGGUUGUGAAUUUUCGCCUUUGUCAUUCAUUAUUUUUCUUCCUUCCCCCUUUUUAAAACUUUUGCGCUUUCGAGGUCCUAAUUUAGAGCCAGGUGUAGCUGGUUCAAGUAUCCCAAAGCUACCUAUCUGCACCUAUACAAUUUACAAGGUUCUAACUUAGCGCAUCGCCGACUCGACGUUGUCGAAUUUAUCGCAACAUUUAACAUCAUUCCCAUCUAACCUUUCAAUACCUUCACCACGGAUUCCCUAGGGUUGCGCCCUGUCGCGCGCGUGCUUCCGCCCCGAUUGGGCCACACCGUUCCCGCCAUGGCUUACAAUGGCAACGGUUCGAUUUACCCUGCGAUUUCAGGCUCGGUUUCUGGCCAGAAUGGUGCACCGAUACCACCCAACUCCAUCGCGCCCCGAGUCGAAAAUAGAAUAAAACCGGAAGAAUGGUGGUACACGGAGAAUGGCCGAUCCUACGAUACGUUUCGAAGAGGCAAAUAUAUGUUUCCAAUGGAUGAGGAAGAAAUGGAUAGAAUGGAUUUAUUACACAAGUUCUUUCUAGUGGCACGGCGGGAAGACAACGCUAGCUACGGAGGCCUCUGCCAGCGGCUGCUACCUCGCCACCCCCGAAUUCUCGAUCUUGGAUGCGGAACUGGUAUCUGGGUGAUCGAUAUGGCUGAUCGCCAUCAAGGACGAGCUGAUAUUCUUGGCUGGGAUCUCUCCUUGAUACAACCUCUUAGAAUUCCGCCCGGUGUCGCGUUUCAGCGAUGCGAUAUCGAGGAACCUUGGUCUGGUGUUGAAGAGUCUUCUUUCGAUCUCAUCCAUAUGAAAAUGCUUGCUGGUUCCAUAGAGAACUGGACAUCUUUGUAUAGUCAGGCACUCAGGUAUCUCAAGCCCGAAACGGGAGUACUUGAACAUGUAGAGAUCGAUUUCACGCCCAAGUGCGAGGACGGGGAACUGCCCGAGGAUUCCCACAUUAAAAUAUGGGCGCACGAACUAACUCUAGCGAUGGAUAGAGCUAGGCGACCUAUAACAGCGAAUCCCCAUACUGUUGGGUUGUUGGAACGACUCGGCUACGUUGACGUGAAGCAAAUUAGCAAGCGGGUUCCGUUCAAUUCUUGGCCCCCAGAUGAAAACGAAAGAGAGAUGGGUAGAUGGUUCAACCUCGGAAUUACGCAGGGACUAUACGGCCUAUCAAUAGCUCCCCUAACCAGAAUGAACGGUUACGAUCCGGAGCAGGUUUCGAAUUUAGUUGCUAAAGUGCGGAAGGAAAUGUGCUCUCGUGGGAUAAGAUCUUACUGCACCAUGUACAUUUGGACAGCGAGAAGGCCGUCUAUCCCCGGCCAACGGGCGUGAACAAUUCGGUUCCCUGCGACGCAACAAUUGGACCGGUAUCUAUCUACACGCCACCAGAACCAAAGCUCCUGUUAUUUGAUCUCCGAG